UCGCUCCAAGUUUUGCAGUCGACUGACCAUCAUUUAUACCUACUCUUUCUUGAACAUCAUCAGCUCUUGAUAAUGGAGUACUCGUAUUUAGGACAGAAUUCUUUUGAUGCCGGUAACUGUACCCUUCCUGGAAUGGAGAAUCCUCUAGCAGGGUGUAAUAUUCCCUGUACCUACGGGGAUAGUAACCCCUUCGGCCAGAUGGCUGCCCAGGGAUACCGCUACAAUGGGGUGCGGAGUUUCCCACCAAACCCUAGCAUAAGUUCUGCAAGUUGUAGCAUGAUGCCUCGCCCGCGAGAUCACCCACAACCUCCUGUUUUCCCAACUGGCACCAGUCCAUGGCUUGGGCAAUCUGAAAGUUUUACAAAGGGGCUGUCUUAUAAAAUGUACCAACAUGAUACUGGAAUAAGUCCCGAAAAACGUAAACAGCGCCGAAUCAGAACCACGUUUACCAGCGCACAACUAAAGGAGUUGGAAAAGGCCUUCGCCGAGACCCACUAUCCUGAUAUCUAUACAAGGGAAGAGAUUGCCAUGAAAACGGACCUCACAGAAGCCAGAGUCCAGGUCUGGUUUCAAAAUCGCCGAGCGAAAUUCAGAAAAAUGGAGAGGGCAAAACAGCAACAGCAACAGAGUCAGUCAAGUUCCUCAGUAAAACAAGAACCCAGCAACACCAGUGGAGGCAGCAACACAAGCAACAACAACAAUACGAGCAACUCUAACAACAACAAUAAUAACAACACAUGCAAAGACAAAGUCAUCAAGUCAGAAGAGGCCCAACCUAAACCUCAGACAGAGGGGUCAAAAUGGCAUUCUACUGUAUCGAGUGGAAAAGUAACACCAUCUCUAUCCAACACGUCAUCACUUCCGGGACCUUACUCCAGUGUGCUAAAUUCUCAUGGGCACGAAUUUCAUCAUACCUCGUCAUUGGAAAAAGGCGUUUCUCUGGCUGGAGGAAUUUUUUAAUGCUGGUUGUCAAAAAUGACUACAAAAUCAUAUAUAACAUGCGAUUUUAAAUAAUUAUUGAUUGAUUGAGUGACUGGGACUCACCUUCUAUCUGCGUCUUCCUUUUAAAAUAGCAUUUCCCCUUCAUUCUGUGGCAUUGCAAACUUAAGGACAAGUUUUGCAAUAUUCUUUUGAAGUAGAUACUCACUCAAAUUUAGCAGUAUUAAAUAUAAACAAUAUCUUAAUUGGUAUGGUGAAUGAAAGAAUUGAACUAACUACUUCAUUUUUCAAUCAUGUGUGUUUAUUUCAUUGUAAAUAAAUAUUGUACAUUAUCUGUAUUUCAACAAUGUUAAAAUAGAAACAAUUUCAAUUAUUUAUGCAUUUAAU